AUGCCGAUCAAGUCCUUCAAAGGUUUCACGCGGCGCAAGUCAUCGGGAAAUGUCCUGGAGGAUGUGGAAAACCCAGCGCAGUCGUCGUUCCGUGUCUUCGAGCGGCCGUCAACUGGAAGGAAGUCUCUGAGCGAUGGUAACCUCCUGAGGCAGAGAACUGCAGAUGGGCCGAGUCCGGGCUCCCCGCCAGAAGACGAUAAUAUUUUCGCUGGUUCCGAUGGCCCUGCUUAUAGAAAUCUAACUGGAGGAAAUACAAUCGAAGGCCCAGCAGCAGUUCGCUUUAGCUCCUCCACGCGCCGCUCAACGGACCUACAGACGCAGUUUGACUCCCAACCUCCGCAUUCCAAGAAUCUUCACGAUAUUCCAGUGCCGCCACUAUCCAGUGCGCUGCGCGCUGCUGGCCGGACAUUUUCGUUCGGUGGAAGGUUUUCGAAACCACCCGCCCAGGCACCACACCGGCCCUCGUCUCCAGAUACAACUCGAAGCCGAGCAACCACAAACAGUACGACAAGCACGGCGACACCGCCCAAGCUCUUGGAGACCGAGUUCCAAAUCGGCCGAAUGGACGAUGAUUUCGGGAAGAUGUUCGACGGUAUCGGUGCCCAGGACUCGACUCAAGGGCCAAACAAGAAAGGUGAAAAGUCACCUCGACCUGCCCCGAUAAGCACGGAUCGCACAAAGAGCGUCGAGCCCUCACCGUACUCUUGGGGGAGCCGGCAUUCUGGUGAAGGUCUUUUAUCCUCGCCGCACGAAGACAACUCUGCUUCCCAGUCUCAUUCCGCAGACUCGAGCAUGAUACCUCCCCCUCUCGGACCACGUCGAAAAUCAUCGCCUAUGUUCGACGCCCCAGUCAAUACCACUACACACCGUUCUUUAGAGAAGCCAAAGAUGGUAACUGACAAAGGUUUAAGGAGGAGCGUCUUAUACCCCUCUAAGCAGGACACGGUUGCCAUUGAUGAUGAAGAUGCGAAGCUAGUUAUGGCUUCUCUCAAUUAUAGCAAAAGGAUGUCGCAGGCCCAUAUGUUGGGCGAUUCACCUGAUCCUGAAGCGGACGAUAAUGUUCCACUGUUUGGCCCCGAUAAUAUCGCCAAGAACGUUUCCGCGCAAAGGGGAUAUUUUCCUCCUCCCGGUCCAACUGGCGACAGUGUCGAUCCUUCGAUUGCAGCCCAUGCACGGCUUGCUGCGGAGUACGAAAAUAAGCCCGCUCCGCCCCCGUCUUCCAACAAAGUCAUGACCCCGUCUCAAUUUGAACAUUAUCGACAGCAACAGGAACUGAAAAGGGCAAAUAGCGAUGGGUCUGACAGUGAGGAUACGGCAGAAAGCGACUUCGAUGAAGAAGACGAAGCGGAAAAGAACCGGGAGACCGAGAGGCAACGGCGGAAACAGGAAGCUCAUCUGUCUGUAUACCGUCAGCAAAUGAUGAAGGUCACUGGGCAACAGGCCUCACCUCCGUCCCUUCGUCCGGAAGAUCGCGCUAGCAGCAGCACGCCGAACUUGACGAAUCCCUCGUUACAUCCCGGUAACCAAUCUGGGAGCGGGAAGAGCAGCGAGGGCGACGACGAUGAAGAAAUUCCACUCGGCAUAUUGGCAGCCCAUGGGUUCCCUAACCGAAACCGUCCACCAACCCGCCUUAUGUCGUCCAACUCCAUGCAAAACCUUCGUGCGUCAUAUCAUCCGCCACACUUAGGCUCCGCGGGCUCAGACAUCGGCGGUGGUAAUCGGAGCAGCUUGCCUGUAUUUGCCAGGAACCUUCCACGGGAUCCAUAUUUUGGAGCAAGCCUGGUUGCUCCUUCAAACAGGGAGUCACUUGCUCUGGGAGGAGGAGGCGGCUCUGUAUAUGGGGGGCCCUCUGCCGCUACAGGCUCAUCAUCUCCUGCCCUGCCACCGGGAGGGUUGGUCGGCGUUAUAGCUACUGAGGAGCGAGCCAGAGCUAUGAGACGAGGAAGCCCGAAUACCCAAGCGAUGUAUGACCAUCCACAUGGGAUUCCAGGACCAGCAGGAAACGUGAGUGGUAUCCCUAGGCCACAUACUAUGCUUGGCAUGAACUCUGCCAAUGGGUUUAAUUUCCAACCGUCAGUCUCGGCGACGGAGCAAGCUCAGAUACAGCUGUCCCAACAGAUGAGCAGCAUGAUGCAAAUGCAGAUGCAGUGGAUGCAACAGAUGAUUCAACUACAGGGCGGGCAGGCUACCCCGCAACAACUUGCAUCCCCUGCAAACUUCGCGAUUCCUUCUUUCCCUGUCAACGCGAAUUCAAGACCCUCAUCGAUGCCAACGGUCGGUGGAGCAUUAAACAAUGUCUCCUCCAGCUACAAUGGUGGGGACCACAGAACACUAAGCAUGCUCGACCCCAAUGUCUCAUCCAGGCUGAAUAGCCCAGCUGGGCCAUUUGCUGCUGGCGGAAAUCGACCAGGCACUCCAGGUGGGGCUGGCUAUGCCCCGUCGCUUGCUCCGUCAGAGCGUAGCAAUGUCGGGUUAGCGCCCCGAUACAGGCCAGUCUCAACGCUACCAGCAGAGGCUGAGUCGACCAGCUUCCUUCCCCCAGCGAAGCAUUGGAACGACGAAAAUCGCAGAGCCACUUACUUAGCCCCUUCUACGAACGUAACCCCGCCGAACACGACUAUCCGCCCUGUAUCCAGUUACAGCAGGACCCUUGCCGUUCCGUCCAAGCUCAGCAGCCAUAGCCCCGCUCCAGCUGAUGAGGAAGACGACGAUGAGGGGUGGGCAGAAAUGAUGAAGAAACGAGAGAAGAAACGAAAGAACUGGAAAGUCAAGAAAGAAUCGUCGACCUUUGGAGAAGAUUUAUUGAACGCAGUACAUUGA